GCGGGGCCGAGGGCCGUCUCACCCAGCGGCGAGUGGUCGGAACCUUCCUCCCUCUCCUUCCCUUCCCCUUCCCCUCCCAGGAAAGGCUGGGACUCGGCACCGGGGCUGUCCCGUGGCCGCGGCGGCCUCAGCUCCCGCCGGGCUGGGGUACGGAGAGUCCGACCGCUUCCAGGGCGAGUGCUCCCGAUUGAUUGUGACAUCACAUCCAUCCCCUUGGUGAUGGAGCUUAUCACUGAGAAGGAACAUGCAGUUGGAGAAUAGCCAACAAGAUGGGCUGCUGGGAGCGUCCCCUGAGUGGCACUGAGUGGAGGCGUCAGGGGGUUGGAGCCUUGUGAACAGGGAGCCUGUCCCCCAACACUUGGAAGGGCCUGGGUUUCAGUGAUGAGACAUGGGGUAUGAUGUAACCCGCUUCCAGGGGGAUGUUGACGAAGAUCUGAUCUGUCCUAUUUGCAGUGGAGUCUUGGAGGAGCCAGUCCAGGCACCUCAUUGCGAGCAUGCUUUCUGCAAUGCCUGCAUCACCCAGUGGUUCUCUCAGCAGCAGACGUGUCCGGUGGACCGCAGCGUAGUGACGGUUGCCCACCUGCGCCCAGUACCUCGGAUCAUGCGGAACAUGUUGUCAAAGCUGCAGAUUGCCUGCGACAACGCUGUAUUUGGCUGUAGUGCUGUUGUUCGGCUUGAUAACCUCAUGUCUCACCUCAGUGACUGUGAGCACAACCCAAAACGGCCUGUGACCUGUGAACAGGGCUGCGGCCUGGAGAUGCCCAAAGAUGAGCUGCCAAACCACAACUGCGUUAAACACCUGCGCUCAGUGGUACAGCAGCAGCAGACACGCAUCGCAGAGCUGGAGAAGUCCUCGGCUGAACACAAACACCAGCUGUCGGAGCAGAAGCGAGACAUCCAGCUGCUGAAGGCAUACAUGCGUGCAAUCCGCAGUGUCAACCCCAACCUUCAGAACCUGGAGGAGACAAUUGAAUACAAUGAGAUCCUAGAGUGGGUGAACUCCCUGCAGCCAGCAAGAGUGACCCGCUGGGGAGGGAUGAUCUCCACACCAGAUGCUGUCCUCCAGGCUGUAAUCAAGCGCUCCCUGGUGGAGAGUGGCUGUCCUGCCUCUAUUGUCAACGAGCUGAUAGAAAAUGCCCAUGAGCGAAGCUGGCCCCAGGGUCUGGCCACACUAGAGACAAGACAGAUGAACCGGCGGUACUAUGAGAACUAUGUGGCCAAACGCAUCCCUGGCAAGCAGGCUGUUGUCGUGAUGGCCUGUGAGAACCAGCACAUGGGCGAUGACAUGGUGCAGGAGCCGGGGCUCGUCAUGAUAUUUGCCCAUGGCGUUGAAGAGAUUUAGAUCCCGGCGGGCUGUCAGGAAGAGAUGGAAAUCAGAAAAUCUCAUCACUCCAGUAGCUGAGCCCUGAGUCCUCCCCCCUGUCCUUAAUCUUGUGGCUUAUCCUUGAGCCACACAUCUCCCUGCUCUUCGGGCACUGAGGGGCCCUGGAACACUUUGCUCAGCCUUGUGGGUGGGAAACCCAGGUUCCCUUCUUUUGCCUAAUUCCUUCCCCUAAGAUGUCUGUAAAUUUUCAGUCUGGUUGGGAAAGUCCCCAUUCUAUAUCCACUUUCCUGCCUAGGGUCCCUGGUUCCAGAUAUUUUCAGAAAGCACAAAGAUACUCAUUUUCUCUUGAAGGAUCAGGGUGGAGUGAGACAUUUUGAAUCAUUCCCCUCUUCAAACCAGGGAAUCUGAGCAGGCAGGCCUGUUGACUCUAAACACUUAGCGGGCAGCUCUUGGGAGCAGACAUCCUGAAGAAAUAGUAAGGGUGGAACCAAAACCCUAGAAGUAAUGAGCCAGUAACUGGCCAUCAUUGAUGGCCCUUAGGGGAAGACUGGAACUCUGUGCCAAGCAAUACCUUGUUUAGUCCAUCUUAAAGGUGCAGGCUCCCAUUGGUCUGCAGGUGUGCAGGUUGGGAUGCCGAAAAUUUCCAGAUGAGCUCUUCUUUCCUAUACUUUCUCUUAGUUAAGGAAUGCAGGAGUGGGAGUAGGGGUUAGUCUGUUGGGGUGAAUAUGCUCAGCACGAAGCAGCUCUCUGGCAUUUGCUGAAGUCAGUAGGCACCUGCCUCUAGCACAGGCCAUAGUAGCUCCCUGCCCCUCCAGCCCUGUGAUUGAACUAGUCAUUUUGAUAAUUCCCUUUGGCCAUUGUGGUGUGUUUAUAUUUCACUCCCACAUUUUUUUUUUAAGAAUGGCCUACUUAAGGCUACCCCACUUUUCCAGCCCAGCCACAUUGUUGGCAAUUUAAUUUAUUUACUUUUUUUUUUUAAAGAAAGGAAAAAGAAAAAAAUGAACAAAACUUAAAAUUUUUCUUUUAUUGUUCCUAUGGUGGGGAUUCUGAAUAGGGUGGGACAGGGGUGGGGUCUAUUUUAUAUUUUUCCUUUUCAGCACAACCUUUGGCUAUAAUGUAGGAAGGGCCAAAGGAGUCCUUGGCGGAACUUAUGUCGGCUCCAGCCCUCCGUAACCCACUCUGAGAUGAGCUUCCUUUCUUCCAGGGAUGGAUGUGACAGGCAGCACCGAUGCCCGAGCCUCUGGGGAACUGCUCCUGGCCCUUCCAGGGUCUCAUCAUGAAACUUUGGAUUUAGAGUAUUAAUUUUGAAGAAACCACCCCAUUUCCUUGGAGACAUAUAGCUGGGUUCUAAGCUUCACCAGGCAAGAUGGGGCAGAAAUUAUGCCUUUGUCCCUGAGUACAGACAAUACUCUGUCCCAUCCACACCCCUGAAUGGCUACAGCUCCAUUUCAGACUACACAGGCAUUCCUUGACCCACUAGGGCAGUGAUGGCGAACCUAUGACACGUGUCAGAGGUGACACGCAAACUCAUUUUUUUGGUCAGUUUUUCUUUGUUAGAUGGCAUUUAAAUAUAUAAAAUAAAUAUCAAAAUAGAAAUCUUUGUUUUACUAUGGUUGCAAAUAUCAAAAAAUUUCUAUAUGUGACACGGCACCAGAGUUAAGUUAGGGUUUUUCAAAAUGCUGACACACCGAGCUCAAAAGGUUCGCCAUCACUGCACUAGGGUGACUGCAGAGUAAGAGGAGGGGAGGGUAGAGGGUGUGAGUAUUUUAAUGUGUAGGUGGGAGUGGGGUCGAAGAGAAGGCCGUCUAACAGCUUCUCCUCUGGGAGUUUCAGUCAGGCCAGCUUGCUGUAGGUCUGGGUAGUGGGUCACGGCUGCACUGGGAUUGGAUUGGAGGGAUACAGCUUGAAGGGAGUAGGGAGCAGUCAUACGUUCCAGCUCCAGGACACUGUGCUCAGGAAUUUGAAAACGCUGCUAUACUUAAUCUGGUUACUACAUUUCUUCCACUCCCCUCAGCCCCUGCCAGCCUUACCAAGGCCCAUCCCCGCCUGUCAUCACCCUCUGAUGGAGCCAGGAAGCUCAGCUCAGGCUUCCCCACCCUUUGCACUAGUGUCUCUGCAGGUUGCUGGUUGUGUUAUAUGUGCUGUUCCAUCGUGUUGACUGCACUAAUAAUAAACCUUUCACUCAACUCUAAAUUCUUAAUUCAAUAUUACUCCCCAUUGUAAACUUCUCCCCUGCUUUGGCCUUUUUUCUCACCUUAAUUCCCCUUCUUUCUUACUUUGUAACCUAUCCUUUUCUUAGAACUAACCUCUGUUUUAAGAGGCUGUCUGUCUGGGGUUAGUGGGCACCUCACAUCUUUUCCCUGUGCGCUCUCCUACACCCUUCCCUCCUGUCCCCUGUUCUAUAGCAGCCAACACUCUCUCCAGUGAUCUGAAUUUUGUUUUGUUCCAGGGUCUGCCUCUGCCCCUAAUUCCAUGUCUUCUGUUCCUGGGGUUGGGACACUUCCCACAGAAGUUAUUCAUGUACCUUUCUCUGUCGUUCUACCUUUGCUUUGGAAUCUGGGAUUCCAUCGUAGGCAGGGAAGCCUCUACCCCCAAUGCCUUCUAACCGAGAAAGCCAAUGUGAGGAAGGGAACCUGGAACAACCCGCUGUGGUUGUCAGACCUCUAGACACUUCUGUAGGCGUUUGCUGCCACCUUCUCCCUUCAUGAGAAAAAGGAAGUGUUCUUUUCCUUGAGUGUUACAUUUUUAAAUUUGUUGGCACUAUCAUGUACCAAGUGUAAACCUAAUAGUACUCUAGAUGCUCUAGUGGGAGUAAGGGGGGUGGGCAUCAGGGCAUUCCUGUGCCAACUGAAUCUCUACUACUUUUUUUUAUCCUUUUCUAUACUUUCACACGCACAGGUCUGAUCGUUAAUUAGUGGUGAACACAUUACAAUAUAGAGCAUAAGAGGCAAUAUAUGUACUCUAGUGAUACCAGUAGUGCUUUUCCCCCCGUGUUUCCUUCAAAUUUACUUUCAGAACCUACUGCUCAUUUUUCAGUAUCAUGAAUGGUACCAAACCUUCCAUUUAGGGUAGAUUUGGUUUUGGGAAACAAUAUUCAGACGAUUCUGCAAGGAACUCACUGGGGUAGGUAUGGGGGAGUUCAUGUAGCAAAAUGGCAUCUACCUUCUAGACUUACUCCCUAGUGGAGAUGAUUAUAUAAUAAGACAUAAUAAAUACCAGAAGUGGCUUCACAAGCAAUAUGUAAGCAGAGGGAAGGAAGAUAAAGCCACUGACUGUGAUGGGCACCAGGAAAGACUUUUUCAGGAGAAGUGGUAUUUGUUCCUGGGUCAGAGUUUGGCAAACUUACAUCCUGCUGUCUGUUUCUGUAAAAAAAAAAAUUGUAUUGGUCCCGGCCAGUGUGGCUCAGUGGUUGAGCAUUGACCUAUGAACCAGGAGGUCAUGGUUUGAUUCGCGGUCAGGGCACUUCCCCAGGUUGUGGGGUUGAUCCCCAGUGUGGAGCGUGCAGAAGUCAGCCGAUCAAUGAUUCUCUCUCAUCAUUGAUGUUUCUGUCUUUCUCUUCCCCCCUUGCUGCUUCUCUGAAAUCAAUAAAAAAAUAUUUUUAAAAAAUUGGAACACA